AUGGUGACGCAGCUACGCACGAGCCACAACUGGUUAUCCCCCUACGCGGAGAAAUUCGGCUUCCGCGAUGAUGAACUAUUUGAUUGCGGUGCGCAGGAGGCAGUCGCCCACGUGCUGAUGGAAUGCCCGAAGCUCCGAGAGCUGAGGGUAGAAUUGAAACGGAAAGUUGGGGGCGCGCUAAGCAGCGUGUCGAGCCUUCUGGGAGGCUCAAACGAAGGUGAGAAAGGUAAACCAGGCAUUGUCUCGAGGGCGAAGACGGUCCAGGCCGUACUGGACUUCGCCGAGAUGUCAUGGAGGUUCUGUAGUCGUGCGCCAUAA